ACUCCUCCUUUGCAAUCAUCUGUCUCGGCAUCACCUGUUGGAUUUUUUUGCGACUCCUCAUUUCGUCUGCUUUCGUCGUCUGUGGCAAAACACAAUUUUCAACAUCUUGGGCAAUUCAUUUUCAGAUUUGUUGGCAGAAGAGUGGGUUUUCUCUAGCUACAUACAGGACAAGUACUCGAUGUACUAGCUAUGCGCGACGGAAAUAUGUUUGCUUCGGCAAGUUCUCUGUCUGCUUGAUCGAUUAGUAUCCGCCUGAUGUUUUCAUGUUUUUGAAAACGUCAUGUAUGCUCGACUACAGGUUGUGUCUCACAUUACUUGUUAAAUUGAAAAGCGUGACUGUCAAUAUUAGCCUACUGUAGAUAAACGUUAGUUGUCUAGUUUUAUUCAGUGAGUAAUCUGCGGAAUUCGCGAGGUUACUUGCAUACGGGAUCCCAUUGCGCGUGUACCAAGCUACAUCUUAUGGUGAGAUGUCAACCAAGAAGGAAUCGAAGUCAGGAAAGGUUGUUCCAAAUGGGACGUCAAAACAUUUUUUGGAAAGAUGUGCUUCGACUAAUGAGUAUUUUGAUAUCGCAUUCAAGGUCAUGCUGUUGGGAGACUCGGCAGUGGGGAAGACAUGCUUCCUGGUGCAGUUUAAAGAUGGGGCCUUUCUCGCCGGCAGUUUCAUUGCCACCGUGGGAAUAGACUUUAGGAAUAAGGUGGUGACAGUGGACAAUGUGAAGGUAAAAUUGCAGAUAUGGGACACGGCAGGACAGGAGAGAUUUCGAAGUGUCACUCAUGCUUACUACAGGGAUGCCCAAGCACUUCUCCUUUUAUACGACAUCACCAGCAAGUCUUCUUUUGACAACAUCAGGGCCUGGCUGACUGAAAUUCAUGAGUAUGCACAGAAGGAUGUGGUCAUCAUGUUGCUAGGCAACAAGUCAGACAUGGCCAAUGAAAGGGUCAUCAAAAGGGAGGAAGGAGAGAAGCUGGCCAGGGAAUAUGGGGUGCCGUUCAUGGAGACGAGCGCCAAGACAGGAGUCAACGUGGAGCUAGCCUUCCUGGCCAUAGCAAAAGAGUUGAAACAUCGGGCUGUCCAACAGCCCAACGAGCCAAAGUUUCAAAUCCAUGACUACAUAGAGUCCCAGAAGGAGAAGUCGAGCUGCUGCAGAUACGUGUAACUCAGCAAUUACAUCAGAGGCCGUGUGAAGAAGAGCAAAGGACGGAUGAGCACAGCGUUGCCUCUCUACCACAACCAGCAGACUGAACACAACAGCCAUCUCAGUGGAGUGGGAGGCAGGGACACUGACCCGUUCUGUUUUUCACAGGAUGUAGUACAUGUUCAUGGUCCUACUCCACCCCAACCCAACCCGCCUGACACUUCUCCUUGAGGGUUACAGAUGGGAGAGACAUGCCAUCACUUCCCCUGUUCUGGACCAGGCUUUUUGUGAAGGAGUUAUGUGUCAGGCGGGAUGGAUGUAAUCCAUUAAACAUAGAUUCAGUAAUUAGCAGUAAUGGUUUUUUUCUGAAAUAAUUUUGAUAUUAACUGUCACAAGACAAAAUGCUUUAUUAUGUUUUUGUUUCGUCUUUGUAAUUAACAUGAAUGCCAAUGUCCUCGAGUAGUUUAUAUUUUCUGUUCAGUGAAGAUGGCUAUUGUGCACAGUUUGAGUUUGAAAUGCUUUGUCUCUGUGUCAAAAUGGAAUACGUUUUCCUCUAAGCAGCUGCCAGAUGGCUUCUAAAAGCCGUUCAAUGAUUUAUUUAAUUUCAUGCUCUUCAUUCCAGACACAUUCCAGUGUAGGAUGGAAGUUUUGCCAGUGUCAUAUACUUCAUCGUAAAGCUUUCAGCUCAGUUACUGUCUAUUUUCACCACCGCAAGCAACCAAAGGUGUAUAUGAAAUUAUGUUAAAUGACACUGAGCCUUUUUAUUUAUGUUGACUGAAAACCCUAAAGGUUUAACCUAGUGAAAUGAGAGCUUUUGUUUUUUGUUUAAUGUGUUUUGUUCAUUGAUGUAGUUUGUUCUGAGCUCUGUCUGACAGAGCUCUUAGUGAUAUUCAGGCCUUAAGGUAUUCCAUCCACAAGUAUUGCCUUUGAGAAAGAGCCUGAGUGACUCCCAUGGCUAUGCGCUCUGGCUGUGCAGUACAAAUUACUUAACCAUGGACUCAGAAAAAAGGCUACUUUGCCAAGCAAAAUGAUAUGGCCUGAUGAUCAGAUGGUGGACUUCAUAAGAAAUGCCAGCAACAAGCCAAGCACACAAAGGAGCAUGCACAAUCAAUGAUAAAGGCUGCAUUUGGUCAUGAUGCAAAUAGGCUUAAAUAAAACAAAAUUAAAUAAGUACAUAUAAAUUAUAUAUAAAUUGUGUAUGCGUGUGUGCAUGUGUGUGUGUGUGCGCGCGCGUACGUACAUGUACAGUUAAUGCAUAUAUUUGCUAUAUUUUUGAAGCACCCACAAAUUAGCACUUUCAUGAGAAAUGCUUGCUUCAGUUUAUAACCGGCAUGGUUCCUAUUUAAUUUUUUUGUUCUAUACUUCAGAAAACUGUGUUCUUAAACUUUGUGCUGUGAUGCAAAUCAUUGAAGGGAUAUGAAACCAGGUUUGAAAAUACUGUACAUUCCAACACUUUUCUAUCAGACGAAAGGUUACAGUGAUGUCAUAUGUGUUUUGUUUGGGUGAUUUGUACUAUUUCCUGAUUCAAAUUGUACUCAUUUGUUGGAAUGUUGCCUGCUAGCCACUUAAAUUGUUGGAUGUCAUUGUUUUAAUUUUCUUUAGAUGGAGGUGUUUACUGGGUCCUAUGAGACCCAUAUUCUGUACAAAACUGUUUCUUAACGUGGUGAUGUCCGUCUGUUCUCUACUAUGAGGCUGUCUUCUGUGUGCGUGUGUGCGUUGUGUGCUUGGUCACCUGUGAGCCUGCUGCUUAUUCUCAGGUAUUUGAAUGUUUUGAUCAAAAUAAAGAGUGAUACUGCUGAGAA